AUGAUAUUGAGAAGGAGUAGGACAUUUUUUUUAACACUGCAAAGACGUCGAGCCUUUUCGGAAAAUAAGAAUUACAUCAACAACAGUUACCUGAAUUAUGUGCAAGGAAGUCAACAAAAUGAGGAUAGAAAAAAAGAGGAUAGUGCCCAUUUUGGUGAAAAAAUAAACCAAAGGAAUAAUCAGCAUAUGGGGGAAAUCUUCCAAAAUGUUAAAGACGCGCGAUCAUAUAAUUCUUCAAAAAAUGAGGGUUAUUCAGCCAUCAAAGGGAAAAGUGCAAGUGCAAACUUUGCAAGUGGUAGAGAGACGGAUCCCUUUUCCGACAUGACUGACAACCAGGAGGGAUCUAAUUACACUAGUGCUACUGUGGACAGGGAUACUACGCAAGUGGGAAGAGACGAACCAUCCCAGAAAGGUAAAAAGGGUAAACAUAAUGAUCACGGUGACGACUCUGCAAAAAAGGGCAAACAGUACCCCUCAAACAGCGCUAAAGAGGAACACAUAAAUAACGACGCAGACGAUUUCGAAAAUACACUCGAUGAACCGAAUGAAGCUACAGAGUUCUCUCACAUGGGAGAAAAAGACCAAACCAGAAAACCCAAUUGUGGGGGAAAUCCCGAAAAUGGAAAAAACCCUGAAUUUGCGCAUGAACAACAAUUUAGUAACAACCCAAAUGACGCCUCAACCAAAUGGGCAGAAAAUGAUGAGGACAUUCCGAACAUUUUUGAGGUAGAUGAAAAUUUAACAGAAGAAGAAAAAAAAGAAAAAUUAAAACUGAUCAAAUUGAUUACGGAAAAAUUAGCUGGCCCUUUAAAAACCAACAAUCAGGACAAUCCCAACAAUGCUUCCGAGGGGGAACAGAACAAUGGUGAAGACUCUAUCUUUGCUGAUAAUCGACCCAUAGCAAUAGAGGUUGAUGGGCCUUCUCACUUUUACGCAAACAGUAACAGGUACACCACAUACACGAAAUUGAAGCAUAGGAUUCUGACCAAAUUGGGCUACAACGUCAUUCACAUUAGCUACAUCGACUGGCGCAAACUGCGGAACAAAAGCGAACGGGAGGAAUUCAUUUUAAAAAAGCUCAAAGAAAAAAACGACGAAUUUUUGGACGAAAAUGACAGGAUAUAUUACAACGAGAGGAUGAACAUGAUUAAGGAAGAUUACAAAAAAUUCAUGAAGGAAAAAAAGGAAAGUAGCUCCUAA